AUGGGCCGGACACAACCUGUCAAGCAGUUUUUGACCAUACACAUUUCAAGAACAGCAAACAUGUCACAUUCUCAUUACUUAUACUGUCCUUGUUGGGAUCCUUGGAAGAUAGGAUGUAAAAGGAUUGUAAAAACCAAAGCAGGCCAGUCGAAUCAGAAGCCCAAAGUGAAAUUUUCUGCCAAAACUUAUGUGCAUCCACUAAGAAGCAGGGAGCCUCGAGAUAUAUCAAAGGAGUUUGAAGAUGAGGUCAUUCCUGGUUUUACUAUGACUCACAGUAAAGAAUAUAUUGACGUCACUCUGGGGGAGGAAUUCUUUGAGAGGAAAAAACCUUCUGAAGAACCUUUCAAGUCCAUUGUGCCCAGCACUCCACCUCAGCUUGAAACGGAGGAUGUUAUCGCUGACUUAGUGGAGCAGAUUUCUGAGCUCACCGCUAUGAUGGAGCAAUUGCGCCGAGAUCACCAAGCCACACACAAGCAACUGGAGAAAGAUAUGGAAGAAAAAUGCAAUGAGAUGCAAGAGGAACAUGAAAAAAAAAUUAGGGAAAUUCAAGCAUUUCAUGCGUCGGAAAUGUGUGCUGUGGAAGAGCAAUAUAAGAAAGAGUUGCGGACCGAGAGGGCGACUGCACAAGAGAAGCUGACUGCGAUGCAGAAGGAAUACAAGUAUCUGAAGAAUGCAUUUCGUGUGUACCAGGAUAGCAUCUCUGAUGAAAUGGAGGAAAAAUGGCUGAGAAGACAAGCCGAAUGGAAAAAAAGUGAGAGGACUGAGCGGGAGAAAGCGUUGUUACAACAAAAGCAGUCCUUGACAAAGAAGUUUGAGUUGGAGUUGGAAGAACAGAGGAAGUUGGUUCAGAAUAACAGUUUUUUAAUAGGUAAAGUCUAUGAACAAGAAAGAGAGGAAUUUCAAAAGCAGCAACAGCACACCUUGGAUACUAUAGCUGAGUUAACUGAAAAGAUCACGGCUUUGGAAGAAGAGUUGAAGGAGAAGAAUGAGACUCUGAAUGCCAUCGCUUCAUCUCUUCACAACACAGAGAUGGAACUCCAGAUUGAGAAAGCCAACAUGGCAGAGAAGGAGAAAACUUUCCAGCACCGCGUGGCAUCACUUGAAGAGAAACAGCGAAUUAAUCUCUCUACUUUGGUAGAAGAAAAUGUACUUUUGAGACGCAAGCUUAUUGAGAAGAAUGAAGAGAUCUUCAAUGAGCGUUCCCAUAGAAGUAGUUUCUACGGGCCAUAUGACUAGGGCUGUAAAUGCAAAGCCUGGCAAAUGCGUAACUGAUGGAAGGCUGGCAUGAACCUGCAUUUCUUCUGAAGUUCCUGCAUUUAAAGCCA